AUGCUUUCAAGAACCGUUGCCAUUGCCACCAGAUCCAACAGAUCCAUUGUGACCAGAUUCUACAGCAGUGAAGGAUCCACUGGGUCCACCCGUUCUGACGGAUCUUCCGACGCUUUCACCGCCCAGGAAGACUACUACAUCAAGAAACACCAGGCCGAGCAGAUUGCAAAGUUGAAGGAGCAAUUGGCCAAGCAGAAGGAGCAGCUCGAUACUCUCGAAGGCGGUGAUCAAUGGGGUCGAGAUGUCUGCGUGGAAGUCCUUAAUGAUGGAGUCCACGUCGUCGAUAGUCAGCGGUCUGACGUCUCCCAACUUCUUGAUCUUGUUGGUGACCUCCUUGACCUGGUCAUCAGACAGGUUGAGGUUCAGUUGCUCGACUCUGCUCUUGAUGGCAUUCCAUCCCGUCAGUCUGUUGGCAAAGUGGAUGUAUCGGGACAGGCCGAAAUCAGAUGGGUUCAAGAUCUCGUAGGUGGAUGGGUUGGCCAAGAUGGCCUUGGCAUGGAUACCGGCCUUGUGGGUGAAGGCGCAGAAACCGGUGAUUGGGUUGUUGAACGGAAUGUUCACCUGAACAGCCUCUGCAACCAGGUUCUCCAGAUCUCUCAGUUUGUGCAGCUUGUACUUGGACAUGACGUACUCUCUGUCUGCAGCAAUCAUUCUGGCCAUCAGACCUCCCAACGGAGUGAUACCGUUUCUCUCUCCAAUACCAAGCAGAGAAACGUCAAUCAGCUUGGCACCGGCCUCCAAAGCAGUGUACGCGUUGGCAAUGGCGCAUCCGGUGUCGUUGUGGAAAUGGCACUCGAUGUCGCACGAAACAACGCUCUUCAACGUCUUGACAAGCUCGUACACCUGUCUUGGGUUGGCGCAUCCAACAGUGUCGGCAAUACCAACUCUGUUCACACCAAUCUUGUCGACGGUCUUAUAAAUAUUGAGCAAGUCCACGAUGUCGGAUCUGAACGAGUCCUCGGACGAGAAUCUGAUCUCGAUACCUUUGGACUUGACAAACUCAAUCACCUCCACCGCAGAUUUGGUGAUGUACGACAUGUCCUUACCGUGCGAGUACUGUCUCAAGAACUGAGAAGUUCCAAUAACAACAUCGACACCAUCAACACCAGUCUCGACAGCAACUUUUGCGUCGUCCAUGUGACAUCUGAUAUGGGUCAAAAUCUUGGCUUUCAGUCCCAACUUGCAAAUCGCCUCGCAAUCAGCCCUACUCUGUUCAGAGGCGACAGGAGAGGUCAACUCGAUGUAGUCCACUCCAAAAUCAUCCAAAGCCUUGGCAAUCUCUAUUUUCUUCUCGGUGGUGAAAAAGGCGUUGGCAAAUUGCUCACCUUCUCUCAAAGUAGAUUCAAUCAGCUGGAAUGA